AUGCAUGAGCUUCUGCUCUUCGCCUCGGUCCCCGCGCACCAGCAUCAUGAGCUCCUUCAACAGUUGGCCGGGUUGACGGCCAUGCAACCCCGUCACCGCCUGGAAAGACGCUUGGUUUUCAAGGCCUACCGCAAGCCAGGUUUAACCACCACCCGGGUUGGGGCCAGUCAAGAUCUGCAGGGUGUCGAAUUGCAGCGCCUUAAUAAAAUGCUCAAUGGCGGCAUGUUCUAUACCCAAGUAGUUGGCCCCGUCGCCAAUGCCGACUUUGGCGGGAACCCUUCCUCAUCUGGAGAUCCCGAUGUCUCCAUGUCCGGAUUGGAGGAGAAGCCAUCGUCGUCUUCAUCGUCUUACAGUUACGAGGACCAGCCCUGGAAACUUGAAUUCAGAGAUAUUCCCGAGGCAGGCACUCGAUCCGCCGUGACUGCUCGUCUAAUGGCCAGUGCCACGCUGCCUAAAGGUGAUAUCACGGCGCCCAUGAAUGCCUGGGGCUAUAGCUUUGUCACCGAGUACGUGGUGGAAGGGGAUGUCUUUGUUCUCAAUGACAUCGUUAUCUUCCUACACCGUGUCCUGCUUUACCCGACUGGGACGCAGGAAUCACAUGGACCUCGUCGGCAGCUGCCUGCUUAUCAGGAACUCUCACCGCUGGAACGGACAGGGAGCUAUGUCCUGCAAGCUGCUAUCACCGUCCAGGACGGCGGGAAUCAGGAGAUGAUGAGGACGGCUUCGCAGCAUUUGUUCGGGCUUCGCGAGCAGCUCAAGUCGGCCGUCCGUCUAGAGAUGGCGGAUCGGCUGUCUCUGGAUACGCGAGCGAAGUAA